UAGAAGCAGCAGAAAUGCAGAAGUCUCAGGAGAGAAGAAUCUGACUUAACAGUUUCACAUGCCGCCACCCCUUUACCCAAAAUGCCACAAUCCCCUUGGCCUUCUCCAUCAUUCAUUACUAGUAAUUUAUCUAUAUAUAUAUCUAUCUAUCAUUAACUCUUCCGCUUCUUUCAAAACUCAAUUUCAGCUGCCCUAUAAACCUGUCUAACCAUUUCGUAUCCAUCUCGCACUGCCAAAAUCUUAACAUGAAAAAGUUUCUCAGUUUCCUCAUCUUCAUCAAUUUCUCGUCAAUUUUCGUCCAUGCACAAUCCGAUCUCCACACGCUAUUGAAGCUCAAAUCAUCCCUACUCGGGCCCUCGGGCUCGGGCCUCCAUGACUGGGCCCCGCCGCCGUCUCCUUCCCCUUUAGCGCACUGCAACUUUUCCGGCGUCACGUGCGAUGGAUCGCAUGUCACGUCGCUCAGCGUCACUGGCGUCCCGCUCCUCGGCAUUCUGCCUCCGGAGAUUGGUCUGUUGGACAGACUCGUCAGCCUCACCCUCGCCGCCGUCAACCUCACCGGCCCGCUGCCGCUUGAGAUGUCGAAUCUUUCCUCGUUGAAGCAAGUCAACCUCAGCUGGAACUCGAUCAACGGCACGUUCCCGGCGGAGAUGGUGCUGAGUUUCGCGGAGCUCCAAGUGUUCGACGUCUACAACAACAAUUUCACGGGGAAUCUGCCGCUGGAGUUCGUCAGUUUGAAGAAGUUGAGAGUUCUGUCGCUUGCUGGGAACUACUUCUCCGGCAAUAUACCGGAGAUAUACUCCGAUUUCGAGAGCCUCGCGCAUUUGGCGUUGCAGGGAAACUGUUUGACCGGGAGAAUUCCGGCGGGAUUGGCUAAAAUUCCGAAUUUGCAAGAGCUGUAUCUCGGUUAUUUCAACGCGUACGACGGCGGAAUUCCGGCGGAGUUCGGCUCCAUAUCCACUCUCAAGCUGCUCGACCUAGCCCAUUGCAAUCUCACUGGCGAGAUUCCGGCGAGUCUCGGGAAUCUCAAGCAUUUGCACUCUCUGUUCCUUCAGAUCAAUAAUCUCACCGGCCAAAUUCCGGCUGUUUUUUCGGCUAUGACGAGCCUCAUGUCGCUGGACCUUUCCAUCAACAAUCUCUCGGGCCGAAUCCCCGAGAGUUUCGCGGAGCUCAGAAACUUGACGUUGAUCAACUUGUUUCAGAACAACUUCGAGGGGCCUCUCCCCGCCUUCAUCGGCGAUCUCCCCAACCUCGAGGUUUUACAGAUAUGGAGCAACAAUUUCACCCUCGGAUUGCCGGAGAAUCUCGGCCGGAACGGCAGGCUCCUUCUGCUCGACGUCACCCAGAAUCAUCUCACAGGACCGAUUCCCAAAGACUUGUGCAGAGGAGGGCGGUUGAAGAUGAUGAUAUUGAUGGAGAAUUUUUUCUACGGCCCUCUGCCUCACGAGUUAGGGCAAUGCAAAUCGCUCACCAGGAUACGCAUCCGGAAGAACUACCUCAACGGCACAAUUCCGGCGGGGUUUUUCCGGCUGCCGUUGCUGGAUAUGCUCGAGCUCAGCGAUAAUUACUUCACCGGCGAGCUGCCGGAGGAGAUUUUCGCCGACAAAUUGGGUAGUCUCACGCUGUCCAACAACUGGAUCACCGGGAAGAUUCCUCCGGCGAUCGGGAAACUACCCAACCUCGAGAUCUUAGCCCUCGAUAUGAACAAACUCUCCGGCGAGAUUCCGGUGGAAAUUUUUAAUCUGAAUAAGCUCUCGAAGCUGAACUUGAGUAGCAACGCCUUAACCGGCGAGAUUCCUCUGUCCAUCGAUGAAAGCUCUCAUCUAACAUUUAUUGAUCUGAGCCAGAACGAUUUGCACGGUGGAAUUCCUAGGAGUGUUUCCUUGCUUCAGAAUUUGAAUCUCCUCAAUCUGUCGAGAAAUCGGCUGCAGGGUUCCAUUCCGGGUGAAAUCGGUCUGGUGAAACACUUGACUGUUCUAGACCUUUCCUACAACGACUUCUCCGGCCGACGGCCGAUCACCGGACUCCUGAAAGACCUCGAUGAUCGGUUCUUCGCCGGCAAUCCAAAGCUAUGCCCGCCUCGCAGCACCUUCUGCGCGACGGCUUGGACUCCAUCACAGUCCUCCUCUCACAAGCGGCAUCCAUCGAGCAUGGCCGUGGUGAUCGUAGUGCUGGUGACUGUUCUGUUAAUAGCGUCGGGUGCGCUGUUCAUGCUGAGGCGGCGGCGGCAGGAGAAGCCGAAGCUAACCGCAUUCCAGAGGCUGGAGUUGAGAGCUGAGGACGUGCUGGAGUGCUUGAAAGAGGAGAACAUUAUCGGUAGAGGCGGAGCCGGAGUGGUGUACAGAGGAUCCAUGCCUAAUGGGAUUGACAUCGCCAUUAAACGCCUGACCGGGCGUGCUAACAGCUGCAACGAUCACGGAUUCAAGGCGGAGAUACAGACGCUGGGAGGGAUCAGGCACCGGAACAUCGUUCGGCUCUUGGGAUACGUGGCGAACAAGGAUAGUAACCUUUUGUUGUAUGAGUAUAUGUCGCACGGGAGCUUGGGAGAGAUGCUUCAUGGGUCCAAGGGGGCUCAUCUGCAGUGGGAGUCGAGGUACCGGAUUGCCGUGGAGGCGGCCAAGGGGCUGUGUUAUCUGCACCAUGAUUGCUCGCCUUCCAUCAUUCACAGGGAUGUCAAAUCCAACAACAUUUUGCUUGAUUCCGAUUAUGAAGCUCAUGUUGCUGAUUUCGGUUUGGCUAAAUUCUUGCAUGAUCCCGGUGCAUCCGAGUGUAUGUCCUCCAUCGCUGGCUCCUACGGCUACAUUGCCCCCGAAUAUGCCUACACAUUGAAAGUAGAUCAGAAGAGCGACGUGUACAGCUUUGGGGUAGUGCUGCUGGAGCUCAUAACGGGGCGGAGGCCGGUGGGGGAGUUUGGAGAAGGUGUGGACAUUGUGCGAUGGGUGUUCAAAACAAGAGCGGAGCUGUCACAGCCGUCGGAUGCAGCCGUGGUUCUGGCAGUGGUGGACUCAAGGCUCACCGGGUACCCUCUGAUGGGGGUGGUCAAGUUAUUCAAGAUCGCGAUGAUGUGCGUGGAGGACGAGAGCUCCGCCCGCCCCACUAUGCGCCAAGUCGUUCAAAUGCUCACCAAUCCACCGCAGGCUACCCCUAAACUUAUCACUCUUUGAUGCCUCUGCCUCUGCACUUCUAUUUUUAAAGGAAAUAAACUUGGUUGUAGCUUAAUAGCUCUAGUAUUAUUAAUAAUACUAUAUGGUAUGUGUUGAAGAGUGAUAAGAUCAUUUCUGCUGGACUGAUUUGAUGAAUUGUGACCGUGAGUGUAAGAUAAUUUGUAUAGUUUUAUUUAUAUGUGUACUUGGCUAGUUUUUAAUUUAGUUGUUGAAGUUCGAUCAA